AUGGAUUUCUCUGUAAGGAUUAGUCCGCUGCAAGGAAAACAAGAAAACGGAACUGAAGAUGAAAAAUCCAUAAACGAGAGACCGCCUUUGGAAGUUUCCGUUCACGAUGGAAGAAACUUACCCUUGAAGCUUGCACAGCUCUUGAACUCAGAAAGCGAAGAGCCUGAACUGAGAUUAAUGACCAGAGCAAACUCUGUCGGCGAAGAUUCACAAGGUUCAAGUGAAGUAAUAAAAACACAAGAUCAAACGUCGUUGGUAAACAAGGCUCCAGGGAAAAGUAUCAUGAAAAUCAACUAUAAUGGAUCCCUUCAAGAACACCAUGGCCUUAUGACGCCAGAGAGUCUGGAAAAUUUAUCUCCAUCAGGAGCUACUGCUACUACGGAAGAAAACGAGUUUGUUCAGUGUUUGGAAGUUGAUGCCCGAAAAUCCACUCUUCUUUCGAAACACCUACAUCUUUCGUGGACCGAGAUCAGAGAAGCCGUUAUAUCUCGCCUGGGUGAAAAUUCUUUUACCAAAGGAGAGACUGACCUCAUAGUGCUUGAAUGGCAUAGUCCAGGUCCUAUUGAUUUUGGCAUGUUGGAAGAGGAAUGUUUUUCACGCAGCAGGGAGGCUAUCCAAAACUUGGUUUCCAACUUAUCUGAUUAUUACAGUGAUAUUCCAAGCCCAAACCUACUGGUUAUAUCAACUCUUGAAACGUGUUUGGCUCGUAGGGAGUACUUGAAGAGUGACGUGCUAAAAUACCUCCCCGAAGAUCUACUCCCGAGCUUGCGUAAUUUGCUCCCAAAACGUCUGCGUAUGAGGCCGAGAUGGCUGCAACGUGAAAUGGACUUUGUUACGCAUUGUAUCAGAAACAAACUUUCAGAAGAACAUCUCGGUGAAGAGUUGGUGUUCCGUACUCCAUCCCAGAUAAGGUAUAAAUUCACAGCCUUGACUAAGAAGCUCGAGAAGGUUGAACCAGCGCUUCAGUCGGAGACGAAGACUUACGACCCAAAACAUAUGGAGCUCAUUCGUCAUGCUCUUAAAAAUGAUCUUACCCAUUCUGGUAUACUACGGUUUUGUGGGCGGGCAUUGGGCAAAAAGAUCAUCGAGUUUGUGAGCGAUUUGAUUGAAGAAAAAGGUGGAAGUCAAACUGUUGCUUUCACCAAAGGUGAAGUUGACUAUUUGAGAAGUGUCAUUAAUUCUGAUUACCUGGUAAGCGCCAUUCAAGGAGAGCUAAUUUUCAGAUCAGAGGAGGAAAUUUCUGACAAGUUGAAAUCGUUACAGAUUAUCUGCGUCAGACAAAAGAAGUUCGCUAGCAGUGUCGACAGGCUUAUGUACGAAGCUCAGUGGUAUGCUUCGAUAGCAGAUUCUGCAAGAGGAAGAAAAAGACGGGGACGUGAUGACGGACAAGAGCUGGCAGACGGUUCGAAUGAACCAUCCAAGAGACGUGUAAAGCCAGACAUGGAUGAAGAAGCAACGCAAAAGCGUCGUGACAUGAUCGAAAGAGCUGCCACUAAAAGGAGGGAGACUUUACGUUUGAAAAGGGAAGCCAAAGAACGUCGUUUGAUAGCUCAGCAGGCAAGAUUGAAAACUCGAUCCGAACUGGCGAAGAAUAAGCGCCGCUUGCGCCACCAGGAUAGACCAAGGACGCCGGUAGACUCGCUAUUAGCCGAUGCUGACUGGUUUCAGAGCAUCACAGGUGAUGGAAAUUCUGUUCAAGAAGGCCAGAAAAGAAUCAGGAAACGAACAUUCCAUUUUGUUCCUGAGUUCGAGACCAGACAUAAAAUGAAGUUAGUCAAGAAGAAGAUGGAAGAGAAAAAGAUCGAACAGAAAAGGCUUUUGAGAAAAAGAAAGGUGGAGAAGAAGCGAAAGUUGAAGCUCCGUCCCGGAAGAAGAGGUCGUGGUCGUCCUAGGGCAGAAGAUUAUACUGAUGAUUCGGAGUAUGAGUCUGAGAUCGAGUCCGAGUCUGAAGAGGAGGUGGAAGCAACCCCUGACAUUGAUGUGGAUGAUGUUUCAGAUGACGAGGAAGAUGAACCUAGUCCUUUUGAUCCAGUCAACAUCCUUAAAGACACACCAGUACCACUUAAAGGCAGGCAGUUCUUCAACGAUUCGAUUGCUAAGUUGUCGCCAGCUCCUUUGACAGUUCCAUUUGAGUCAGAGGCUCUGAUGUUGAAACCUUCAUCAGGUAUCCCGUUCAUGGAUAGCACCGCAGUUGACGUGGUCGGUACACAUUUCCGCAAUUACAAAUCCUUGCCUAAGAGCUUCCCACCUUUCAUGAUUCUGCGUGAUGGUAACAGCAUAAUUAAUCCACGAAACAUCGUGAGGGUGAGAUAUCUCAUGUAUCCCGAGCAUACGGAUGCAUUCAUACUUGCUCUGCCAAAAAGUAAUGAGCUCAAUCCCAUCCUCGAAAUUCAAAAGAUGAUACAAGUUCAUUGUGCGCUUUACUUUUCACAUUCUCAGGAGCUUCAGGAACAUAUUUAUGAAGAAUAUUGUCAGAAGCUUAAAGCAGCUGUGGAGAACGACAAGUUCAAUCAAUUCAUGAUUAUUAUUGACAGAUGGAACUUACUCAUGCUAGAGCUUACUCCUUAUGCACUUAAGGUGGAUCCAUCCGAGGAUAUCAACAGCGCAAUCAGGUAUUAUCUUCCCUUCAAUUAUCGCAAGAACCACUCGGUGGUUGAUCUCAACUUGAACAAGUUUUUCUUUGAUGUGGUUAAUAAUGGUCGCCCCAAGAAACCACGCGGCAGAAAGCCUGGCAAGAGAGGUCGUCCGAAACUCUCCAAGAACUUACCAGAACCUAAGGAAGAAGAGCUCGAGAAGGCUGAAAAUGGCCAUGCCGAGGUUGAUAAAUCAAGCGCCACAGAAGAUAUUCCAGAGUCCACUUACACAUCGAGGUAUCAUAACGUUCGUCCAGCUGAGUAUCCAGAGAGUUUCUUGCGUAUUUUAACCACGCAAAACAAGGUUUCCAGGUUCGCUAUUCAACAGAUUCUUACUGCUGCUUAUGCUAGAAUAGUUGGGCCCAACUCGCGUAAGUUGCGUUCAUAUAAAGCUUUCACUGCCGAGGUCUAUGGUGAAUUGCUUCCUUCAUUUAUUUCUGAAGUUCUCACUAAAGUCGGUCUCGAACCAAAGCAUCUGUUUUAUGACUUGGGCUCAGGUGUUGGAAACACGACAUUCCAAGCAGCGUUAGAGUUUGGUGUCAAGGAGAGUGGCGGAUGUGAAGUCAUGUCACACGCCUCCAAUUUGACGAGUCUUCAGGCCACAUUUUUAGACAAGAAGAUUCAAGUUUUGGGGCUCCAUCCUUUGAAUGUUUCUUUCGCUUUAUCUCAAUCAUUCGUCAGCAAUGAGGAGGUCAAGAAGAAAUGCAUUGAUUGCAACGUUGUUCUCGUGAAUAACUAUCUUUUUGAAUUCCCAUUGAAUGUUGAAGUCGGCAAGCUCUUAUACGGUCUCAAGCCAGGCUCCAAAAUCAUCAGUCUUAAGAACUUCAUACCGCCUAGGUACAAAGCAGGGGCUGAUGACACUAUUCUAGACUACCUUAAGGUCGAAAAGUUUGAAAUGAGCGAUUUCUUCUCUGUGAGUUGGACAGCUAAUAAGGUGCCAUACUACAUAUCCACUGUUCAGAAGGAGAUUCGUCCUGACUAUCUAUAA